AUGUCGACGUCGUUCGCCCCUCUCGACCUGGGCAUCGCCAACGGGCCCACAGACAGGAAGAGGGUCGCCUACUUCUACGAUUCAGAUGUGGGCAACUACGCCUACGUCGCGGGCCAUCCCAUGAAACCCCAUCGCAUUCGGAUGGCCCAUAGCUUGGUCAUGAACUACGGUCUAUACAAGAAGAUGGAAAUAUACCGAGCAAAACCAGCGAACAAAUUCGAAAUGACACAGUUUCACACGGAUGAAUAUAUUGACUUUCUCGCGAAAGUUACACCCGAUAACAUGGAUUCAUACGUGAAGGAACAGAGUAGAUACAAUGUCGGUGAUGACUGUCCUGUUUUUGAUGGCCUCUUCGAGUUCUGCGGAAUCAGUGCCGGAGGCAGUAUGGAAGGUGCAGCGCGCCUCAACCGAAAUAAAUGCGACAUCGCAGUCAACUGGGCUGGAGGCCUUCACCACGCGAAAAAGAGCGAAGCCAGUGGCUUCUGCUAUGUAAAUGAUAUUGUGCUUGGUAUCCUCGAGUUGCUCCGUUUCAAACAAAGAGUUCUUUAUGUGGAUAUCGACGUCCAUCAUGGAGAUGGAGUGGAAGAAGCCUUUUACACUACGGACAGAGUCAUGACUGUGUCCUUCCAUAAAUACGGAGAAUACUUCCCUGGAACCGGUGAAUUACGUGAUAUCGGCGUCGGUGCUGGUAAACACUAUGCCGUAAAUUUUCCGCUGCGAGAUGGUAUUGAAGAUAUAAGCUAUAAAGGGAUUUUUGAGCCGGUCAUUAAGCAUGUUAUGGAAUGGUAUCGUCCCGAAGCCGUCGUGCUCCAAUGCGGCGGAGACAGUUUGUCUGGAGACCGACUUGGUUGCUUUAAUCUGAGUAUGAGAGGGCAUGCAAAUUGCGUAAAAUACGUGAGGAGUUUUGGUAUUCCCACCAUGAUCGUCGGUGGCGGCGGUUACACCAUGAGAAACGUUGCGAGAACCUGGUGUUUUGAAACUGGAAUUCUAGUUGGCGAGCAGCUGGGGACUGAGUUGCCAUAUAACGACUACUAUGAGUACUUUUCUCCCGAUUACGAACUUGACGUCCGACCGUCGAACAUGGAUAACGCCAAUUCCAAAGAGUAUCUCGACAAGAUUCGAAUGCAGGUUAUUGAAAACCUGAAGCGCACUGCUUUCGCACCAUCUGUGCAGAUGACAGACGUCCCCAGAGGCCCAUUAAUUGACGGCAUGGAUGACGAGGCUGAUGCCAUCUUAGAUGAUCUUGAUGAGGACGAGAAUAAAGACAGACGGUUUACCAAGCGGCGGUUCGACCAAUACAUCGAGAAGGAAGGUGAAUUAAGUGACAGCGAGGACGAAGAAGAAGCGGCUGCCAACGGCAUCCGCCCGCAGCCCGGUGUCAUCAAGCGACGGAACCAGGUCAACUACCGAAACCUCGACGGUGAUUCCGGUGUUGAUAGUGGCCUUGCCACUCCGCGGGAAGAAUCGUCGAUACCAGAUGAUGAUGCUGGUCUUGAUGAUAAGAUGGAAGAUGUCGAAGAAACUGAAACGCAAGAGAAGGCAACGCCGUCUCCCGAAGAGCCGACAACUCGAUCAGAAUCAAGGAUGGAUGCAGAUGAUAUCUCCGAGGGCAAUGGGGUCGCGUUGCCAGACGCUGCAGCUGCUGUCGCUGACGAAGAGCAGCAGGAGGAGGAGCCAUUGGCGUCAAAAGCCAUAUUAACCCAUGCAUCAGCUCUGCCGGAAAAUGCCGACUUGGAGGACACGAUGAUGGAAGACGCGCCCCCGGAAGAACCCGCCACCAAGGACUCCACGGAGGCACCAAUAUCUGCACCUGUACCCAAGGAGGAGUCGCGUGAAUCAUCGCGACCCAAAUCACCUGCAAUUGGAACCCCCACGCCUGCUGUGACUCUUACUCCCGCAUCUGCUGCCGCUCCCGUGACAGCUUCUCACCCAUCUGAGCCCGCUGCUGGAGCAGAGGCGUUGGAAACAGUCACGACCAAAGCCGCUGAAGCCGACAUAUUUUCGAAAAGAGAGUCGUCUCCUCAUGGUGAUGAGAAGAAGGAGAAAAGGGAGGAUGAUCAAAUGGCAUAA